UUUGAAAUUGCAAAGUAACUCAAAAUCAUAACCGCCGCCCGAGGCCCGCUUACGAGAUUGCCGAGCGCUGAGAAAUAUCUGGUCCUCGGCUUCCCCUCCCCUCUUUUCUGCUGAUUGAUCAUACGUUGUUGGCUGAGUUGAAAGUUGACUCGUGAUUUGACGCAUUCGGGUUGUUGACAUAGAGAGAGACAUGGAUCCCGUUACGGCCGUUGUAGGAACUAGUGCCGCGUUGGCGGCCGGGGCGUACCUGAAUGCGAAGUGGUCGGUUGGCAUCGAUGUAAGGAAUUUGCAACAUGAUCGUGCUUGGGGGAAGCGAUUGGGGGCUUUGAUUGAGGCGUUGGGGGAUACGGUGACGAUUUAUCAUAUGUUUGUGAGGGUAAGUCCGGAGGUUGAGGCGCUUUGGUUUGAGGGAAAGACUUGGAGCUAUGGGGAGUUGAAGAAAGAUGUCGAUCGACUUGCUGCUUUCUUGGAAGCCGAAGGGAUCAAGAAAGGAGAGAGUGUUGCGGUGUUUACGACGAAUUCGCCAGAGAUGUAUAUCACCGUCUUGGCUUUAUCGAAGCUGAGUGCUGUUGCUGGAUUGAUCAAUAUCAACCUGAGAGACGACACACUGAAAUACUGUCUCGAGGUCUCAACAGCCAACACCAUCAUCUCCACCCCCGACCUUGCCAGUUUCGUCGUGGGAGACAGACGACACUUCACUCUCAACCUAGGAAACUUUGAUGGCAUUUCCCCCCUACCAAAUACGUCCAUCACCUACCUCACCUCUAACGACCUUCCCACGCCAGCGACCAUCUCACUCCCGGCAAAAGCAACACCCCGUGACCUCUCCGCUCUAAUCUUCACCUCCGGAACAACAGGCAAGCCCAAAGCCUGCGCAAUACGCAACCACCAAAUGUGCGUAACUGCCACGCCCACCUCGCGGGACAUGUCAAACCCAAAGAAGUACUUCCCUCUCCGGACGUACUCACCCCUCCCUCUCUUCCACGGCACAGCAUUCUUCACCGGAAUCUGCGCCUCCCUCGGAGCCUCUGGGACUUUGUGCCUCGCAAGGAAAUUCUCCUCAUCAAGAUUCUUCAAAGACGUAACGGAAUGCAAAGCCACACGUAUCCUCUACGUCGGCGAACUAUGUCGGUAUCUCGUCACCAGUCCUCCGGGCCCUUAUGAUAAAGCACAUAACUGUAUCGUUGCAGCCGGGAACGGUCUCCGCGGCGAGAUAUGGGAGAAAUUCAAAGAACGGUUCAAUAUCCCUGAGAUUCGAGAGUUUUACCGCUCCACGGAAGGCCUUGCAAAGUUUGAUAAUAUGGGUUCUGGUGCGUGGGGAGCGGGGAAGGUAGGCUUUGCAGGGCCGAUAAGGCGGUAUAUGGAGACUGAUACCUUUAUCAUUAAAGUUGACGAGUCGACUGGAGAACCUUGGCGUCAUCCUACUACUGGAUUCUGUGAAAAGGUUGGACUGGGCGAGCCAGGAGAGGCUAUUGGGAGAGUAAAGAGUAGAGCGCUGUUGACGGAGUAUCUGAAUAACGCGAAAGCGACGAACGAGAAGCUCCUGUCUGAUGUUUUCACGAAAGGGGACAUGUGGCAGAAGAUGGGGGAUCUGGUGGUGAUGGAGCCGAGUGGGUGGGUGAGGUUUCACGAUCGGAUGGGUGAUACUUUCAGAUGGAAGGGCGAGAAUGUUAGCGCGGGCGAGGUGAGAGAUCAUAUUGCCAAGUUGGUGGGGGUGCAGGAUGCGGUUGUUUAUGGGGUGAAACUUGCUAGCUACGACGGCCAAGCAGGAGCCGCAGCCCUAACAAUCGAUGCCCCAGAAGGCCUGUUCAUGAAAGACCUCUACGUGAGCCUCAAGAAGACCGGUCUCCCAGGCUAUGCCAUGCCCCGUCUUAUUCGAGUUACGAAAGAAAUCGAAGCCAACGCAACCUUCAAAAAGUCCAAGAACGACUUGAUCAAGAAAUCUUGGAAGCAAGCCGAAGCAGGGACGGAUAAGUUGUACUGGCUUGAUGGGCAAACUUACAGGCCUCUGGAUGAGGUCGCUUGGGGUGGUAUUGAGAGUGGGAGGGCAAAGUUGUGAGGGGAAGGGGAAGAGGUGAGAGUGAGAGAAGAGAAGGCGCAGGAUGAGGCCCUAUUAGCCGGAUUUUUCUCCUUUUCGUGAGGGUUGACGUCUUCGCAUUGUGUCGAUAAGAGCGAUGGAUUGCAGGACCUGACGGCGGUUCUUCAACAGUUAAAUAGAGGAGAUCUUGAGAAAUGGAUGUGUAGAAUAGUGACCCUCGUCUGGCUUCUAGACCUUGUAUUGAAAUCAACAAAGAAUCACGUG